UCUGCGGCAUGAUGUAAACGAGUGUUGUGUGAUCCAAAAAUCUGUUCGGAUUUUGUGGUUCCGAAUUUUACCAGUAAACUUGUUAGUUUGUAAUACAUAUUGAAAUGGCUUCAAUUACUCGACUAGUGGGACUACCGGCUUUGCAGCUUCCGGUGCGGAUUGUGGGUUGCCGGUGGCGUUCUACGCAGCAGGAGCCCGACACCAGAAACCAUGCCGAUGAUGAAGAGUUCCGCGUAUUAAACUUUAAACAAGUGAAGACACAGCGAUUCGCUCGGCGAAAAAUGACCAGAGUGGAGGUUCCCCCGCCAAGAUCACAGCAGAUGGCCACCGAUCAGGAUUGGGGUGCCGUUUGGCCGGGUCCGAAAACCUUCGUUCCAGCCACUGUACCCCUGCAACUCCGCCAAGGCUACGUCUCCAAAAAGCAUCAGGUUCCCCCAGGGAAAUUCGCCAAUGCCGAGCUCAUGAAGAUUCCGAACUUCCUGCACUUGACACCGCCGGUCAUCAAGCAACAGUGCGAAGCACUGAAGCAAUUCUGCACCCCCUGGCCCAAGGGACUGGAAACGGAAGAGAAGAUGAAGCAACACUUCCCAGUGGAUUACGUUUCGUCCGACUACUGUCACGCGUUGCCAACCAUUCGGAAUCCCUUGUCCCGGAUCGUCACAAUUCAGUUGAAAGUGGACACACUCAAGCUGAACAAGCACGCCAAAGAUAAGUUCCUGCGGUUGGUUGGCGAACGGUAUAAUCCGGACACGGAUGUCCUUACGCUGGUAACGGAUCGGUGUCCUCUGAAGAAGCAAAAUUACGAUUAUGCUAUGUAUCUCCUAACCGCGUUGUACCACGAAUCCAACGUGGUGGAACCAUGGGAGGAUACCAAAACGGAAGCCGAUAUGGAGUACUACGAUUUCCAGCGCAAUGUGUCCAAGGUGAACGCGGAGGCGAUUUUGAACUGGGGCAAAGCGGAAGGCGAGUCGUCCCGCCAGGAUGCACCCGUUAGCUACGGCACCGCAGUGGAACAGCUUUUCAACGAUGGUGAAAACGAGUACAAUUUGCAGAAGUACAAGGAACAAACGGUGCAAUUGCUGGGCUUGACCAAGUGAAGAUCAAGGGAAAUGAUCGCAUUUUUGUAGAUUGGCGUUUUCGAGUUAGGAAAUAUAUUGGAACAAAGUA